UCCGUCCGUCCGUCCGUCAACAGUUGGGCACAAAUCUUAACCGCUCGACGUACGGUCACAUGGUAGUGUCACACCUGGUUAGGCUAGGGUUCGGGGUAUGGUUAGGGUUAGUGAAAGUGUUCGGUAGGUUUUAAUUAAAAUAAAAAACAGCACCAUUACUCUGUGUAGCAGGUGUAUUGAAUACUAUAUGGUGUCAUUGCACACUGCAGGAAAUAGAGCUAUCCUACCGUAAAAACUAUGCUUUUAAUAGGUAGCACUGGCUAACAAAAAUAGUGUUAUUAUGAAUGAUAGGAAGUAGUAAUUUAUGUACAGUGGACCCCCGAGAUACGAACGGCUCGACAUACGAGUUUUCAAGAUACGAACGACCUGUUGAACGUAAUGUAUUCGACAAACGAAUAAAAUUCAACAUACGAACGUCUUACGAAUCGGCCAAUCAGGGCAUAGGCCUAGCACGCGCUCUUUUGCUGAGUCAGUUUAAGUACGUGACUCGUGACUACGUGAUUGAAUGUGGUUGUGCUCUCAUGAUUGCACUUGCCAUACGUAAAUUGCUGUACGUCCUAUAUAGGGUUUGAGAUACUACAAAUCUGUACGAACAAAUCAAGAGCGUAUAAAGAAGUUCUUUAUACGCUCUUGAACAAAUCUAUAUGAACAAAUCUGUGGAACGAAUUAAAUUCGUAUCUCAGGGGUCCACUGUAUUUUCAUUUAUUCUCACAGUGGUAACUAUUCAGUAAGUUCCCAGAAGAUGUAUGAUGACAACGUGUAUACUAGAGAACAACUCAAGUGCUACAUCGUGAAGAUCACAGUUGCUUGCUGAAUGCUUAAUUUAUUGGACAUUCAAUCAUGGAUUUUCUUGAAUCAUGCUUGGAUGAGAUAGCAUUGGAAGGUCUUGAUGGUGUCACGGUCAGUGUGCUAUGGAUGCGCCUUGGCAAUCGGCAGGACUUCCCUCUGAAGUUGGACGACGACUCGAAGAUCUAUAUCUGGAGCUGGUUAAGUCGCAGCACGGACGUUGAGUUCUAUGAGCUUGUAGAGCUGCGGCACCCCCUGGUGCUGACCAACCGUUUCCAAAAUGUCUGCCCGAAUGCGGGUGUCAUUGUAGAAGUGGAGCCACCCAAGGACAUCUAUCCAAUAUCAAUAGUGAACAAUGACGGAGUCAGGGGAUCAUGUUCGACCUACAAAACGAGGCACAACAUUACGGCAGAAAUACGUACAUCACCGCCGGUCGCGCUCUCACAGGCGAUGAACACAUGGGGAGACGGACUCGUGAUUGUGGCAAGUCAGCCAUGUCGAGAACUAUCCAUCUACGGACCAGAACAACGACCGGCGUUAGAGAUAAAUGACCUACAGUACUGCAUCCUGGAGCGCGUUGGUAGGUCGCGCUACUUGGGUGAGGUUACCCUCGGCCUAGCCAGUCUGACAGUGUUUGGCGAGUCGCCAAAGAGCAUGUUCUACCACCUAAAGCUUCUGGUGAGAAUGGGUAUCAUAACAAAACAGGCUGAGAGCAUGAAUGGCUGGGAACACGACACCAAACCGUUGUCCAGUUGA